UGCAGCUCGCCAGGCCCUUGCUUUUUUGCAGCCAACAUGACGCGAGCGACGCUCGCCUACGAGGAGACGCCGCUGAGCGCCGCGGCGCUCAAGCAGUACCGCGGCUCAGUCCUCCUCUACUGCAACGGCAAGCGGCACGAGAUUGCCGCCGCCGACGCUCAGAUGACGCUGCUCGAGUGGCUGCGCUCAGAGGGUUACACAGGCACGAAGCUCGGGUGCGGCGAGGGCGGCUGCGGCGCGUGCACCGUCGUCCUCUCCUCGCGCGGCGACGGCUCGGAGGUGCGGCACUCCGCCGUCAACGCAUGCCUCAUGCCGGUCUGCGCGGCAGACUGGUGCAUGGUCACCACUGUGGAGGGGAUCGGCUCGUCGCGCCGCGGCGAGGUACAUCCUAUUCAGGAGCGACUGGCCGCGCUGCACGGCUCGCAGUGCGGCUUCUGCACGCCCGGCAUCGUCAUGGCUCUCUACGCCGCGCUCCGCACGUCGCCAGACAUGCGCGCGGAGGAGCUGACGGAGAAGCUGGACGGGAACCUCUGCCGCUGCACCGGUUACCGGCCCAUCCUCGACGCCGCCGCGUCGCUCUGCAUCCGCGACGACGGCGGCAGCGGCUGCUGCGGCGGCGGCGGCGGCGAAAACGGCGGCGGCGGAAACGGGUGCGGCAGUGGCAACAAGGGGUGUGGCGGCGGGGGCGGGGCGGGCGGUUGCGCCGCGUCGCUGCCCUCCGACUGUAAGCUGCUUCCGGACGGCGACGUGGUGAGCAGCACCGCCUCCAAGCUGGCCAAGCACACGACGCCACCGACGGCGUGGUGGAGCCCCACCUCGCUGCAGGAGCUGCUCGCGCUCAAGGCGUCGCUCGGCGAGAGGGGCCGCAUUGUCACCGGCGCCUCGGAGGCGGGCGGCUGCGAGGGCGAGGCGGCGCGCGCCUGCGCCACGAUGCUCCGCUGGUUCGCAUCGACGCAGAUUCGGAACGUCGCUUCGCUCGGCGGCAACAUCGCGACCGCGUCCCCCAUCUCGGACAUGAUCCCGACUCUGCUCGCGUGCGGAGCGUCGCUGACCGCCGCGUCGGAGGCGCGCGGCGAGCGGACCGUCCCGCUCGCCGGUUUCGUCACCGGCUAUCGCCGCGUCGCCCUCGAGCCGGACGAGGUGAUCGUCUCCUUCUUCGUGCCGCACUGCGCGCCGCUCGAGUUCGUGCGGCCGUACAAGCAGGCGCGCCGCCGCGAGGACGACAUCUCCAUCGUCUCGUGCGCGUUGCGCGUCCGACUCGAGCCGGCGCAGCGCGAGGGGCGCGGUGUCUGGCUCGUCUCUGACGCGGCGCUGGCGUACGGAGGGCUUGCGCCGACGGCGGUGCUCGCGGCGAAGACGGCGGACAAGCUGCGCGGCUGUACGUGGGACGCGGCGGCGGUAGACGCGCUGCUGCCCGCCGUGAUGUCCGAGCUCGCCGUGCCUCACGACGCGCCGGGCGGCCAACCAGAGUACCGCACCGCCCUCGCCGGCUCCUUCCUCUUCAAGUUCUUCGUCGCGACUUCGGCGUCGCUCGCGACCGUCGCGCCCGUCGGCUCGCCUCCGCCCCCCCUCGUCGCCGAGGCGGACGCGUCCGCGGCCGUGUCGUGGCUCGAGGAGCCAAAGCCGGCCUCGGGCGGCGAGCAGCGGUUCCCGCACGCGUCCUACCCCGGCCUCGAGUCGCAGUCUCCGGGCGGCAAGACGGCGUGGGGCAUCGAGGGGCCGCGCGCCAUCGAGCCGCCCACCGCGUCGGAGAAGGAGGCGCGGCGCGGCGGCGACGGCGGUCUCGCGCCGAAGGGCUCGAGCGGCGCCGACUCGGAUCGCGUGCGUGUCGUCGGGGAGUCGCACCCGCACGCGGCCGGCCGGCUCCACACGACCGGCGAGGCCGAGUACACGGACGACGUCCGCCCUCCCGCUGGCAUGCUGCACGCGUGGCUGGUUCGGGCGACGGUGGCGCCCGCUUCAAUCCUGCGCAUCGACGCCGCGGCUGCGCGCGCGAUGCCGGGCGUGGCGGACGUCAUCUUCGCCUCCGACCUCCCGCCCGGCGGGCAGAAUGCGCUCGGUCCGGUCGCAAAGGAUGAGGAGUGCUUCGCGGACGGGCACGCCUCGCACGUGGGGCAGGUGAUCGGCGUGGCGGUGGCCGACUCGAUCGAGGCGGCUCGCGCGGCGGCGGAGGCGGUCGCCGUCGAGUACGGCGACCCGUGGGAGCCCCCCAUCUACACCAUCGAUGCCGCGGUGGCGGCGGGAUCCUUCUUCGACGGCACGCGCGGCGACGAGCGCACGUCGUGGUCUCGGACCGGCGCCGCGCUCGGCAUCACGACGGCGCACGACCUGGAGGCGGGCCGCGACAUCGACGAGGCGUUCGCCGAGGAGGGGCUGACCGUCGUGUCGGGCGAGUUCCGCGUGGGCGGGCAGGAGCACUUUUACCUCGAGCCGAUGACGUGCCUCGCCGAGCCGACAGACGACGGCGGCAUCUCGGUCCUCUCCUCGACUCAGGGCGUCGACAAGACGCACAAGACGGUCGCCCGGCUGCUCAACCUGCCCGCCGCCAAGGUGGUCUCCAAGGUUCGCCGGAUGGGGGGCGGCUUCGGCGGCAAGGAGACGCGGACCGCCUUCGUGGCGGCGGCGUGCGCGGCGGCCGCCUACAAGGUGAACGCACCCGUCCGCCUCGCGCUGCGGCGCGACGUCGACAUGGGCACCACGGGCGGGCGGCACCCGUUCGUGGUCAAGUACACGGCGGCGGCGAGGCGGGACGGCAAGGGCGUGCCCAAGCUCGCCGCCCUCAAGGCGCAGCUCUACUCGAACGGCGGCGCCUUCCUCGACCUCUCCGGCCCCGUGAUGGACCGCGCCCUCCUCCACCUCGACAACUGCUACCGCUGGCCCGCCUUCAGCGCGCGUGGCGUCGUCUGCCGCACCCACACGCCGCCGAACACGGCCUUCCGCGGCUUUGGCGGCCCGCAGGGCCUCAUCGCGUGCGAGCACAUCCUGGAGCACCUCGCGACGGAGCUGCGCGUGCCGCCCGACGCGCUCCGCGAGGCGAACAUGUACGCCGAGGGCGACGCGCUCCCGUUCGGGCAGGUGCUCUGCGCCGGCGAGUGGCGCGUGCCGCGUGCGUGGCGAGAGCUGCGCGAGGGCGCCGAGGUGGAGGCGCGGCGCGAGGCGGCGGCCGCCUUCAACGCGGCGCACCGCUGGCGCAAGCGCGGCGUCGCCAUGCUGCCCACCAAGUUCGGCAUCAACUUCACCGCAAAGUUCAUGAACCAGGGCGGCGCGCUCGUGCACGUCUACACAGACGGCACGGUGCUCAUCACGCACGGCGGCACCGAGAUGGGGCAGGGCCUGCACACAAAGGUGUGCCAGGUGGCGGCCAAGGCGUUCGGCGUGCCGCUCUCCGCCUGCCACGUCGCCGAGAGCGCCUCCGACAAGGUUGCGAACUCGAUCCCGACCGCCGCCUCCGCCUCGACCGACCUGUACGGCAUGGCGACGCUCGACGCGUGCCGCAAGAUCCUCAAGCGGCUCGAGCCGGUGCGGAACAAGCUCGGGCCGGGCGCGUCGCUGGCGGAGCUCGCGCUGACGGCGUGGCUCGACCGGAUCGACCUCUCCGCGCACGGCUUCUUCUCCAUCUCGGACGAGCGGUGCGGCUUCGACUGGGCCAUCCAGCCGGGCAAGCACGCCGACGGCACGCCCGACCAGACGACGCGCGGCCACCCGUUCAACUACUUCACGCAGGGGUGCGCCGUGGCAGAGGUGGAGGUGGACGUCCUCACCGGCGACCACGCCGUCCUGCGCGCCGACGUGCUGCUCGACCUCGGCUCCUCGAUCAACCCGGCGCUCGACGUCGGCCAGAUCGAGGGCGCCUUUGUGCAGGGCGCCGGCUGGACCACCACCGAAGAGCUCAUCUGGGGCGACGAGCAGCACCCGUGGGUGCGGCCGCAGGGCAAGCUACUCAACUCGGGCCCGGGCGGGUACAAGCUCCCCGCCUUCAACGACGCGCCGCGCACCUUCAACGUGCGCCUCCUCUCCGGCGCAGACAACCCCGUCGCGGUGCGCAACGCGGUGCGCGCGGCGCGCGCCUCGCACUUCCCCGACGCCGCCGACGCGCACCUCGAGAUGUACUCGCCCGCCACGAGCGAGCGGAUCCGGCUGGCGUGCGCCGACAAGAUCGCCGCGGCGGCCAUCGGCGGCGAGGCCGGGCCCGCCGGCUUCCAGCCCAAGGGCUCCUUCUGAGCGCGGCUUUAGCCGCGCUGGAGGCGGAGGAGCGGGGGAUAGUAUGCCGCCAGGCAGGGCAGGGCCGGGAUAGCAGGCUCCCGAGCGGAUGGCGGUGCACGAUCGGCUGCGUCUAGGUCUACCUCAGACGCCAUGCGCCUUGGUCGCAGCGACGCGAUCGGAAGGGGCGUCAGGCGAGAUCUUUGUCCACUGCGCACGCUGGUCAGGACGCGGGGCGGACGCGCUCAACUUGCCACAGUAAUAAGUUUGUCGCCGUCUCUGUGGUUUCUGUAUUGCUUUUGAUGGGGGAUGCAUGUGCGUUGUUCUGAGGCGCGCGGCUCGCUGUAUUAUAUUCUGGUCGAGAGGAUUU